ACGCAUAUUAGAUUUAAGACCAACCCAGUGAACUAUGAAUGAAUCGGAGGAAAAUAUUAUCGAUGUCCCGGCACAACAAGAUAUAUCAACCCGCUUGGCUGCCCUAAAUCGCUGGCAAGAGGAACAAAAACGUCUGCUGGAAGAACGACAAAAUAAUCAGCGCUUAUUGCUUGGUUUGGAACAGCGGAAUAUGUAUGAAAUGCUCGGACUAUUGCACAAGGAUCUCAAGACAAUGGACAUUAGAGAUAUGUCGGACAAUGAUGAGCAGGAGCAGGAAGAGCAGCAAGCAUCAAGCAUAGAAAUGCCGCGCCAUGCGGACCAUGAACAGGAGCAGGAGCAGGAGGAGAAUAACAACAUCAACGAGGAGGGCUUCCAACUCACAGAGAUUGCAACGGGUGCCAAUGGUCCACGGUCAGUAAAGCCCAAACGGGCAUUUCUACGCCGCGGUGAGGGUCUAAAACAGCGCUUCAAAGUUGAUCCUGAUAAAUUGCGUUUGGACAAUUUACCGCGCUACAAGUUUGCCAAUGCUCAUCCACAACUCCGGACAAUGCCUACUCCUGGAAAACCGCCACAGAAACGGAGUAUUUUAAAAACGCACAAAGAGCCACGCACAACACCAGCACAGCCUCCGCAAGCUCAAUUAUCGCUGAAGGAGCAACGCUUUCAACAACUGCUGAUGAAUGCCAAGAAUGUGUGCAGCUCCACACCGGACCUAAAGUCAUCCCAUGCAUCUUCGUCCAGCAACACCAACACCAACACAAGUAUUUCGCCCAAGGUGCGGUUUGUCGAGCAGAACGAAAAAGGGCAAACGGCCGAUGAUGAGCAAUCAUCGACAGAGGCAAGCUCCACGGCAGCAUUGACAAAUGUGUGCUGGGCCAAGGUGCUGAACACCCAGCAAAUUCAUCCGCCUGUGUUGCAUCGGCGCACGGCGCAGAUAUGCGUUGAGAACGAUGAGAAUGUGAGCAUCUUUGAGUUGCUGGAGCAGAAGGCGCGCGAGGGCAACAUCGACAUGAACUCCAGCUGCAUACGCACAUUUAUGGCACGCAAGGAGCAGCGUCGUCAUGCCGACGCUGCCGAUGACAGUGACCAGAUUAUGGUUACCCAACAGUUGCGUGAAAUGCGACUGCAGCCAGAUGUGGCAGAGAUCAUUGAGGAGGAACACGAUGCGGAGGAUGAGGUGAACAGCACACUAACACUGACACCCCUGAGACUGGGUGAUGGCAGGACACAGGUGCGUGUGCGCUUCUCCGAUUCGAAUGAUACGCACGAGUAUUCAGAUGAGACAACUUUGCAGGAUGCAACCAAUGUACAGCUCUUUGAGGAAUUCAAAACGGCGCUUUUUCAGGCGCUAGAACAAAGGAAGCUACAACACCCAACUACAACAGCAACAGCAACAACAACAAAAACAACGAUUAGCGAGGAGCCCUUAACGCAGGAACUGCAAAUCCAAGCUAAUCUGGUGCGGAAGCGUCUGCAGGAGCUGGAAACAGAAAUAGCCACGUUUAAGGAGCAAAAUGCGCAGCUGUUGCUACUGAAGCAGCAACAUGAGCUCGACAAGGCUAACAGUGCGCAGGAGCAUCAGGAAGCCAUGGAUCGGGUGCAUGAUGAGAAAAUCAAGGCGGAAAUCUAUUUGCAUGACGAGCGUAUGAAAAUCGAAGAGGAGCGUCGCAAAUGCGAGCAACAAAUGCGUAUGCAAAAGAGCAACAUAAACACCAAGGAGAAACGUGAGUUGGCAGCGCUCAAGCAGGAGGUGGAGGCACUGCAGCAGCAGCUCAAGCAAAAGGAACAGACCCAUGUGGCAGCGCAGGCGCGACUACGGGCCCAGUUACGUGCCACCGAAAAGGAGCAGCGCGGCUAUCAGGACGAGAUUGAGCUGCUGGGCCGCGAGAACAAGCGACUCGAACAAGAGCUGGUCAAGCUAACGCGCGAUAGCAACAGCAAAAUGCUGCAGGAGAUCAAUCGGAACAUUGCGCGCCUAGCGCCCAAGCUGCAGGAACCGGCACAAAAAAAUACGGAUGAAAAUGGCAAGCGACAAUCGAAAUCCAUUGGUGACGUCCUCCAGGAGAAGGCGACCAAACAGCGUUCAGUGGCCAGUCGACGCCACAGCUGCAAUCGCAGCAGUCGCAGGAAAUCGCAGCCUCCCAAUGAGAGCUAUGCCUCGAGCAGCUCCGGCGAGUUGGAUGAGGUCGUCAUCCCUUCUCCACCGGCUGCCAAGAAGGCAUCACCCGUUCCAGGCACCCACGGCAACAGCAGCAACAGCGAGUUCAAGCGUGAAAUUGUUAAUGCAGAUGGUAGCAAGGAUAUCUGGUAUCCGAAUGGCAAUCUCAAAAAGAUCAGUUGCGACGGCAUGAGUGUGCGCAUGCUCUACUUCAACAAGGACAUCAAGGAGACGGACAUACGGGGCGGCACGGUCAAGUAUUAUUAUGCGGAAACGAACACUUGGCACACCACCUACCUGGAUGGCCUGGAAAUACUCGAGUUCCCCAAUGGACAGACCGAGCAUCGCAAGAAAGAUGGCACCAUCGAAAUACACUUUCCCAAUAAUUCAAUUAAAAUUGUCGAUCCCAGUGAUGCAGAGAAAUUGGAGGAGUGGCGCUACGCAGAUGGCACGCAUUUGGUGCAGCUGCGAAGUGGAGAUAAGAUUCUACAUAUGCCCAAUGGCCAAAAGGAGAUCCACACCAAAUUGAAUAAACGGCGCGAGUAUCCCGAUGGCACCGUCAAGCUCGUCUAUCCGGAUGGUAGCCAGGAGACACGUUACUCCAACGGUCGAGUGCGACUCAAAGACAAGGACGGCAAGCUGAUCAUGGACACGGACUAUGCCAAGUAUUGAAAGUGUCUUAUAAUCUAAGCUGAGAUUUUAAUCUUAAUUAAUGUAAUGCAAUGCAAUGUAAUUAGUUAUGCACAAAAUGUAACUCAAAUAUGUUAUUUGUAAUUUUA